AACAUAUGCAAAUAUGAUGGAAAAGCUCGUUUAAGUAACAGUUUCAUGAAUAGAUGUCCUAGGAGCUUAUUGGGAGUAGAGCAAAUGAAGGAAUAUUUGGAUGACAAUAUGAAUGAUGACAUGAUUUAUGAAUCGAGCGUAUAUUUAAUGGAUGAUCCCUUAAAGCAUAUUAUGUAUGAUAACUAUGCGCGUUUGUCUGAAUAUGUAGAUGCUCAAGAUACGUACACUGAUGAUGAAUUAAAUGAAUUGUUUUAUGAAGAAAAUGAAGACACAUCCAAAGACGAGCAUGAUGAAAUAUAUGAUCUAGUUGAAUUAGUUGAUAAUUUGAAUGCAGAGAAUAAUAUGAAAUCAAAAAUGGAUGAAACUGAGAUAUAUGAUAUGAAAAAAUUAAAAGAAAGUUUCAUUGAUUUUUAUAAUGAUAGAAAAAAUGCUGCUUCUAAAUUGGUAUAUGUAGGUAAAAGUUUAAGACCCCUUUUGUUUGAAAAUUAUAAAGAUGUUUCAACUAAUGUUGACAAAAGUUUAAUUGAUGAAGAAUCAAAGGGAAAAUUAAAUGAUAAUAUAUAUACAGAAGUUGAUGAAAGAGAAAAAAAUAGAUUUGAUGAUGUAAUAGUAUUAAAAGAAGAAGAAAAGCCAUUAUUGAGAGGUAUAUCAAAUAAAGAAGUAAAAAAUGAUUUAUAUGAGGAAAAUAAGAAAUAUAAAAAGGAAUCAGAAAAUAUCGUAUCGUUGGAUGAGUAUGAUAUAAAUGAAUUAUUAGACGAUAUUUUACAUUUGAAAUUACAUGAAGAAAAUGAUUCAAAUGGGCAACAAAUAUUACGAGAAUACAUGAAUGAUACAGUUUUUGAUGCAGUACAAAGUGAGGUGAAAACUAUAUUUCAUGAUGAUUCUUUCAGAAAAGAUGAUGAUGAUGACAAAUUUAAUAUAUCGUACUUAAAAGAGAAUAUACCUGAAUAUGAAAAUAUAAAAAAAUUAUUAGAUGAUAUAUUUAGUUAUAGAAAAAUAAAAGAUAUAAAUAAACUAAUAAGGUUUUUUAAAAAAUAUUCAAGAUCGGAUUAUAAAAUAAUUGUAGAAUGUGCAAAUUAUUUAUUAUAUCGUUUAAAUAUGGAAGAAGUAGAUAAAAAAAGUUUUGAUUCUUUUACAGAAGAAUUUCUCCAGUCUCAUGAAAAUAAUAUAUUUAAAAAAAAUGCGAAACUGUUUAAAUAUAUACAAAAUGAGGGAAUCAAGAAAGAAUAUGAAUUAGAUUUAAAUAAUGAGAAAAUGGAUAUAAAAAGAAACGUAUAUUCUAAUGAAAAAGAUUUGUCAAUAAAUGAAGAUAUUUCAUCACUGGAAAGUUAUAACAUGUCUGUAAGAAAAUUUUCUGAUUUAUGGUUGAAUGUAAUGAAAAAUGAAAGGGAAAAAUUUAAUCAUAUGAUAACUGCUUUAUAUAGGUUUUAUAGGACAUUAAUAAGAAAGUACAAAGUUCCAGGUAAUUUAGGUUCUAAUGAAUGGAAUGAAGUAUAUUCGAAUAUUCAAUUACAUAUGAAAAAUAUAGAAACAUACUUCAAUACAUUAUUUAAUAAGUGGAUAAAUAAUAAUAAACUAAAUAUAGGAGAAUUUAAAAUACUUGUUAUGUUAAAUAGGUUUUCAUGGAGAAAAUUUAAGAAGGAUCUAUAUGAUUCAAAUAAGAAAUAUAUAACUAAGCCAUUUCAAGCUGUAAUAGAUGAAGCGAAUACGAAGAAAAAGGAACUUACAGAAAAAUACAAGAAGCAAUUUCAAGAGAAAAAUAAAAAAAUGUAA